AUGCCCAAUCUUCCGCGGGAGCUCAUCACCGACAUCCUCACCCGGCUGCCCGUCAAGUCCCUCCUGAGAUUCAGGCUUCGCCCGCCAUACUCCGCCUCAGAUGUAUCCAACUCUUGCAAUGGCUUGAUCCUUGUUUUGGCUAAAAUCCCUUUUAUUUGGAACCCCUUCACUCGAAAGUACAGGGAAUUACCGGCUACUCCGGUCGAACAACCGGUUGAUUUUGAGGUUGGUUCUGCUUAUGUGACUCAUGGGUUUGCUUAUGAUGCUGUGAAUGAUGAUUAUAGAGUGGUCAGGGUUGAGGAGUUUAGAGGCUUUGAUUCGGAGUGGAUUAGGUCUGAGGCGAAGCUUUAUAGUUCUAAGUCGGAUAAGUGGCGAAAGAUCCAAAAUUUCCCUUAUCAGCUUCCUUAUAAGCGGGCCUGGGGUGCUCAUUUGAAUGGUGUUUUGCAUACGGGAGUGAGAACAGGGGAUCUUGGUUACUUCGACUCGUCGAUUUGGGCUUUUGAUGUUCGGACUGAGCAGCAUUAUACCUUGCCAAAACCGGAUUUUACAGGUACUGAUCUUGAGUUCACUGUGGAGGUCUUGGGUGGUUGUCUGUGUUUGGUUCGUCCUCGAAAGAGGUAUCGAACGGAUGUAUGGAUAAUGAAGGAAUAUGGAGUGAAAGAAUCUUGGACUAAAUUGCUAACAAUCGCGCCUCCACUCGUUGAGCGGUAUAUUACCAUUGGCCCGUUGGCUUAUUCAAGGAACGGUGAAGAGGUUCUCUUAAACCACGACGAUAAACAACUUAUUUGGUAUGAUUUGAGAAGGAAGACUGUUAGGAAUGUCUCUGUUGAUGGUUUGCCAUUUGUCUUUUAUGCUGAGGUAUGUGUUGCAAGCCUCAUUCAGCCUGAUGUCUCCGGAGAAGGGGAUGAAACUGAGGAGCUACGCCAACAGGAGAAAAGUAGAGUGAAAAAAAGGCUUCGUAAGUGUGGCAGCAUGACUAGUUGAGAUUUUAAUGAUUACAGGUCUGG